AUGCCUACUUUGAUAACAUGGAGUUAUGGUGGUAAUAACGUUGCUAUCCAAGGAUCUUGGGACAACUGGACAUCAAGGAAAAUUCUCCAAAGAUCAGGCAAGGACUAUACCGUUCUCUUGGUCCUUCCAUCGGGUAUAUAUCAUUACAAAUUCAUUGUGGAUGGAGAAGUUAGAUAUAUUCCAGAACUUCCACGUGUAGCAGAUGAGACAGGCGUCGUCUUUAAUCUUCUUGAUGUUAAUGACAAUGUUCCAGAGAACCUCGAAAGUGUUGCAGAGUUUGAGGCCCCGCCAUCACCUGACUCUAGCUAUGCACAAGCUUUGCUGGGAGAUGAGGAUUUUGCAAAGGAGCCAGUGGCAGUUCCACCCCAACUUCAUCUAACUGUUCUUGGUUCUGAAAACUCAGAAGAAGCACCUUCUUCUCCAAAACCCCAGCACGUAGUACUUAAUCACCUCUUUAUAGAGAAAGGAUGGGCUUCUCAAUCCGUUGUUGCUCUUGGUUUAACGCAUAGAUUCCAGUCCAAAUAUGUCACCGUUGUCCUCUACAAGCCACUGAAGAGGUGA